UAAGGGGAAACAGAAAGAAGCAAAAUACAGUUUGUAUGGUUAUGUCCCUGCAUUGCAGUAUUGGGCAUACGAAGCCAUCCAACAGUUUGCACGUGAGUAUGGUAUUAACCAUGGAAACCAGUUUCUGAGGAUGCUCAGUUGGUCGAGCAAUAAGGAGCGUCCUAUUUCGAAGGCCGACCUUGCACCAAUGUUCAAGAAGACGAGUUUGAUUGUGUUGUCCAUGUUGAAGCCCCGACCUUCGGAGAUAGAUUAUUAUAGCACUCUGACGGAGGGUGAUGCUCCCUUGUAUCCCGGGUUGGGCCAAGAAGAAGAGGUAGAAACUCCCACUGAUUUUGAGAAGGUGGCGGAGAUAGCUGCUGAGGUUGCGAAGGCAGCCAAUAUUUUUGUUGAUGGCCCUGAUGAUGAGGAUAUCCCAGUCCCCAUCGGCCCCACACCCUCAGCCCCAGCCCCAUCGGUACACCCCAGUCCUGAUCAACCUGAUUUACGGGAGGUGUUGGAGAGGUUGGAGCGAGUCGAGAGUCGUCAGGAUACCAUCCAAGAGAACUAG